AUGGCGUCAACGGAUGCCCAGGUCCUUGCAAAGCCCAGGCAUGUGGAGGGGCCAUCAGGGUUACUAGGUUCAUCGGCGGCUCGAAAGGCUUCCAGAGACAGCUCCAAAAUGUCCAGCGAUAAGCUGCCUCCGGUUGUCGUGUAUCACGACAUCUUCAACCUCAUCAGCAUCGCCUGGCUCAACGCCAGCAACUUUUACUACCUGGCCACUGGCCGGGGCUUCCAGAUCUUCUACCUUAGUACGAUGUUGUACUUCGUUGCGGACCUGAUCUACGUAGGAGUCGUACCUCGAUCCGUGAAGUCCCCCCUCGUCAUUCUCGCACAUCACGUUAUUACGGCGCUGUACGUGCUCAUACCGUACCACUACCCGCAGUACGAGUGGUGCAUGUCGUAUUGCAUGCUUGUUGAGGUGAACACUUGGCUGCUCAUCGCCAAGCGCACCGUGCGGUCUCCCAUCCUGGAGGCGCUAUUUUACGUCACUUGGGUUCUGCUUCGCAACAUAUAUUACCCGUACUUGAUCUGGGUGUUUUACAAGGAAUGGCAAAAGGAGACUUUGGCUUGUGGCACCCGCUGGAAUCCCAUCCUCACGACGCCGAUUUUCCAGACAGCCUUGACCGGCCUCAACUACUACUGGACGAUUUCACUGCUGUUGAAGCCCAAAAAGUCUAAACAGUUCGGAGAUGGCAAAUUUUGGGAGACGGGCAAAGUGGCGGUGAAGCAAAUGGUACCAAACAGACCCGCCUGCAAACUGAGAGGUUCCAUAGCGUAUUUUAAGGGUUUGCAGCUCAUAGCGAAUUCUAUUCGCGACUUAAAAUGCAGAGACUUGGCCAUUCAGGAGCGAAUCCAGGCAGCAGCACGCGUCAACGCCAUGCUGUAUGCGCAGUUUGAAAACAACAUAUCGACCCUGGAUCGCACGGAGCAGGAACGCGAUGCCUGGGCAGCGCACGCAAGGACCCUAGCGCAGAAGCUUGUGCAAGCACGCAAGCGCAUCGCACGCUUGGAACGAGCCCUGGCCGAGGUCACCGGUCAGCCGCUGCCAGAAGUUUCCUCCCUAUUCUCCACUGACGCCAGCGCCGAAGAUGCGGACGAAGAAGCCCGGCAGCUGGCUGAGCUGCUUCAGCUACAGCUGUCCGCUGCGGUCUCGGACUUCCAAACCGCCACGGCACCUUCUGGCCAGACCCCAAUAACGCCGGCACCAACGCCGCAGGCCCGACAACGCGCGGCAGCUGCGGCGCUCUACCCCGCCUCCUUACUAUCCGCGACAGCGGAGACCCGCUCUGCAAUGGCCGCCGAGUCGGCAUCGGCAAUAUCGUCACCAGCGACAGCAGACGGCCAAGGUGGCGCCGCGCCGGUCGUUGGGGAGGCCGCCCCGGGGCCAGGGAUACCCUUCCCGUCGCCUGUCGUCAACCCUACGCCAAACCAACAACGGGUGCUGGAGGCGCUCGUGCGGCGAGGGCAGGCCAUGGGCUGGCUCAUACAGCUCAGCGAGGUGACCCUUGGGUCAGUUUUGGGCGAGGGUGAGUUUGGCGUGACGUAUUUGGGGACCUGGCGUCACGCGGCCGUGGCCAUCAAGGUGGUGCGGCUGCGGCACGCCGCGGAGCUGACAUCUUUCUUGCGGGAGGUGGAGAGCAUGUCGUACAUACGUCACCCCAACGUGGUGCCCUUCUUGGGCGCUUGCCUCUCCGCACCCGACAGGCUGUGCCUGGUGUCCGAGUACAUGCCGGGUGGCACGUUGAGUGAUUGGUUGCACCCCGGCGGCCUGCCCGCGCCGGGUACUCAGAGCGGCGGGCUCAUCAACCCCGUCAAACCCCUCCUGGAGCGACUGAAAAUGGCGCACCAGGUGGCCCUGGGCAUGUGCGCUCUGGAGUCCUGUCGACCCGCGGUACUGCAUCGGGAUCUCAAACCUGCCAACGUGUAUCUGGACCAGCGGGGGGUGGCGCGUGUGGGGGACUUCGGCUUGAGCAGGCGGCUGCUAGAGGAGGCGAGGGCGUCACUGACGGGCGAGACGGGCACGUACUUUUACAUGGCGCCGGAGGUGAUGCGGCACGAAGUGUACGACACCAAGGCCGACGUGUGGAGCUGGGGCGUGCUACUAUCUGAGUGCAUCACGUGCGCCUUGCCGUACGGCCACACGUACAUGACGCCCGUACAGGUGGCGCAGGCCGUUUCUGCGGAGGAGCUGGCGCCGUCGGUGCCCUCCAACAUUCACGAGGAGGUUCAGCUGGUGUUGCGUCUUGCCUGCCAAUUCGACCCUGAGAUGCGCCCUGACUUUGCCAGCCUCGCCGACAUGCUUGGCGGCGCCAUAAAGCACAUCGAGACUGUGGAGGUGGCUCGCCCGACGCUACUGGCUUCCAUUCAGUCCAGUUUAUUUGGGGCGUGGAGCGGUGCCUGGGGCAGGAGCAACUCAUUCCCCCGUAUGAACCUGAGACACCAACAACAACUACAGCAACAACAACAACAGGAACAGGACCAGCGGCCGCAUCAGAAGCAGCAGCAGCAGCAACAGCGACAGCAACUAAAACAACAGCCGACCAAGUAG